GGUAAACAAAACAUAGUCAUCAUGGGUAGGAAGACUUGGUUUUCUAUUCCAGAGAAGAAUCGUCCGCUAAGAAACCGAAUUAACAUUGUGCUUAGCAGAGAACUCAAAGAAGUACCACAGGGAGCUCACUAUUUAGCACAUGAUCUUGAUUCUGCUUUGAAUCUUGUGGAAUCUGUAGAACUCCGUGACCGUGCAGAUCUGGUGUGGAUAAUUGGAGGCAGUGCUGUUUACAAGGAAGCACUGGAGAAUGCAGCAAGUCAUCGACUAUUUGUGACAAGAAUUCUCAAAGACUUUGAGUGUGACACGUUUCUUCCAGAAAUUAAUACUGAAAAAUUCAGGCUCCUUCCUCAAUACCCUGGAAUAUCUGCUGAUAUUCAAGAAGAAAAUGGCAUCUCCUACAAAUAUGAAGUUUAUGAAAAAAUAUCUGCAGAAUAAGCCUCUGUUUUACAGUAGAUACUAAUUGUAACUGAACUGUAAAUACCUUAACUCAGAAAGGGGCUCUUUUCCUGACUCACUGCUUAACAUUUCACUGGUGCUGUUUUACAUAUCAGGUUGUAAUACUUGAAAGCUACAAUCAUUGAUUUAGAUAUUUACAUCUUAAUCUUCAUACUUGAGUCUCUCUCUCAGAUGUAUUUCUUCAUUCCAGCCUUUACCAUUGCACUGGCCCUCAAAGGAUUUUGAUACAUUUACACUACGCUAGUGUAGAUAUUUGUUAUCAUCAGUGUUAGCCAACAGUGUCCCUAUACUACCCUCAAUUUUUUUUGAGUUUUUAAUCCUUGUAACGUCAUUAGAGGUAACAAGGAAUACCUCCAUGUUAGUUGGGUUUAGAGACUUCCCUGAUCAUGAGUGCUGUGGGUUACUCAUACUUGCCAGUUUUUUCACAGUAGACUGAAUUUUAUCUAAAAAUCAGGCCAGGAUUGCCCCCGUUUUAAUCCUCAUACUAUUGUUGCAUAUGUGGAGUGCCUUUCUACUAUAAGUUUUGUAGAACCAACAUUACAAUACACACCUUCCUCUAAAAAUGUGUUCCCCUCUUUUGCUGUCCUUGUUGCUGGGAUACAAAUUUUGUACAUGUGCACAUUAGGCUGGAUGAAUAAAUAUUUUAUCAGUA